GAGAAGUCUGGUGUUUCGCACGUGAAACCGGUUAUAAACCGGUUUUCCUGACAGACGUACGGGUUCAAAAUAUACUGAAGAUCUGAUUCUUUUUGUUCGCAAUAAGUCCCCAUUCCUCAAGAUACAGAUCCUUUAGUCACAACACGAUACAUGCCACCAACGUCACCGAUGGGAGUAAUAUCGGAGUCUGCUGCCGCCCAACUACUAGAUUUUUCUCAGCGCCUCGAUAUUGGACUUCUAGACCGUGUCGUAAACUGUAUGUACCAUGAAGCAGGCGAUCAACAAAAAAUCGCAGAGAAAGUCCUGAAUACACUCAAGGAACAUCCGGAUGCAUGGAUGCGCGUGGAUUCGAUUCUAGAAUUCAGUUCAAACCAAGAAACGAAAUAUUUCGCCCUUCAGAUACUUGAAGCAUUAAUCAAAACACGUUGGAAAGUCCUAGCCCGACCACAAUGUGAAGGUAUCAAAAAAUACAUUGUUGGUUUGAUAAUCCAAACAUCGUCUAGUUCGGAGCUCUUGGAGUCGGAAAAGACGUAUCUUGGCAAGUUAAAUAUGAUUCUGGUUGAGAUAUUAAAACAUGAAUGGCCUAAUAAUUGGUCAACAUUCAUUAGUGACAUUGUUGGGGCAAGUAAGACAAAUGAAUCUUUAUGUCAGAACAAUAUGGUCAUCUUGCGUCUUUUGAGCGAAGAAGUUUUUGACUUCUCUUUGGGUCAAAUGACUCAAACAAAAGCCAAACAUUUAAAAGACUCUAUGUGUCAACAGUUCAGCUUGAUUUUUCAGCUUUGUCAAUAUGUCCUGGAAAAUUCCCAAAAUGCAUCUCUAGUUGUGUCGACGCUAGAGACGUUACUUCGUUUUAUGCACUGGAUUCCCUUAGGAUAUAUAUUUGAAACUAAUCUAAUACAAACCUUAGUAUUUAAAUUCUUCAAUGUCCCUCUGUUCCGAAAUAUUACUUUAAAAUGCCUUGCAGAAAUAGCGGGUGUAUUAGUUGACGAAUACGAUACCCAGCUAGUAGAACUGUUUGUUUCUACUACCGAAAAACUAAAAGAAAUGUUACCUUUAGAAACACGACUAAAAGAGGCGUACGAGCGCGGAAGUAAUGAUGAACAGAAUUUUAUCCAAAACCUGGCAAUUUUUUACACAACAUUCCUCAAAGGUCAUAGCAGUCUCGUCGAGAAACCUGAGCUUAUUUGGAAAUUACAAGAUGCGUAUGCUUACCUCUUGAUGCUCUCGGAAGUCGAAGAAAGGGAAAUAUUCAAGAUUUGUUUAGAAUACUGGAAUAUUUUAGUUUCUGAUUUAUAUCGAGAAAGUCUUACAACUACGGUAGUUGGAACAUUGGCUGAAUCCACCACUGGUGAAGGUCGAAGUAAACAAUAUGCACCAAUUUUGUCUAAGCUUCGAAGAAUCAUGAUCUCACGCAUGGCUCGUCCUGAAGAAGUACUUGUAGUUGAAAAUGAACAUGGUGAGGUUGUCAGAGAGUUUAUGAAGGAUACAGACAGUCUUAAUUUGUACAAGAGCAUGCGCGAAACAUUGGUAUACCUAACUCAUUUAGAUUAUUCUGAUACAAAGAAGAUUAUGAUCGAGAAGUUGCAACACCAAGUAGAUGGACGAGAGUGGUCAUGGCACAACCUUAACACACUUUGUUGGGCGAUCGGUAGCAUCUCUGGUGCUAUGCAGGAAGACGACGAAAGAAGUUUUUUAGUUAUUGUAAUUCGAGACCUUCUUGGACUGUGCGAGCAAAAACGGGGCAAAGAUAAUAAAGCUAUUGUUGCGAGCAAUAUCAUGUACGUUGUUGGUCAAUACCCUCGAUUCCUGCGCGCACACUGGCGAUUCUUAAAAACUGUAAUUACAAAGCUUUUUGAAUUCAUGCACGAAACACAUGAAGGUGUGCAAGAUAUGGCUUGUGAUACUUUCAUAAAAAUUGCUCAGAAAUGUCGGCGACAAUUAGUAACUGUACAGUACGGAGAAGCAGUUGAAUUUAUUGAAGAGAUUUUAAAGGAAAUUGAUAUCAUAAUCAAUGAUUUACAACCUCAACAGGUUCACACAUUUUAUGAAGCCGUAGGUGUGAUUAUCAGUGCCCAACUUGACUCAGCUGUUGAAGCUAGACAGAUAGAACGACUUUUUCGAUUACCCAAUCAAAUUUGGGAUGGGAUUCUCGUUCAAGCUGCAUGUAAUAUUGACCUGUUAAGAGACUUUGAAGUUGUACAACAGCUUUGUAACUUACUGAAAACAAAUCACAGUGCUUGCAAAUCCCUCGGACAUUCUUAUCUUGUUCAGCUUGGUCGCAUUUACCUGGACAUGUUAAAUGUUUAUAAGAUAAUGUCCCAAAAUAUUGGCCAGGCUGUGGCUACCAAUGGAGAGCAAGUGACAAAACAACCACUUAUUCGCAGUAUGCGAUCAGUCAAGAAAGCGAUAUUGAAUCUUUUAUCUUGUUGGAUAAAAAGGACUACUGAUCCUGUUUUUGUAAGUUGUUUACAAAUAUCUGACGUUGCAUGUAUUGGAGCUCCGUGGUUAAAAUUACAGACUUCGUAAAUCAAAGCUUCAUCUUCACUUUGAUCUUUUAUAUAGGUGGCAGAGAACAUUUUACCUCCGCUAUUAGAUGCCGUAGCUGACGACUACCAAAAAAAUCUUCCUGCUGCUCGAGAGGCCGAAGUUUUAAGCCUAAUGGCUACCCUUGUUAAUCGUCUUGAAGACCAUAUUCUCCCAGCUCUGCCUCGUGUUUUAGAUGCGGUCUUUCAGUCUACGCUAGAGAUGAUCGAUAAAGACUUGGAAGAAUUUCCUGAACAUCGAACUAAUUUUUUCACUCUUCUACAGGCUGUAAAUGCGCAUUGUUUCUCUGCUUUGUUAAGCUUAACAUCUGAUAAGUUCAAACUGAUUUUAGAUAGCGUUAUUUGGGCAAUCAAACAUACUAUGCGACAAGUCUCAGAAACGGGACUCAAUAUCCUGCAUACAAUGCUUGUAAAUAUGUCUAGCGCGAACUCCGAAAAACGUCAGGUAUUCUUUAAAACAUUCUUUAUGGAUAUUCUUCAACAUAUGUUUGCUGUCAUUACUGACCGCUCCCAAACAGGAAAUUUAACUCUUCAGUCAUCGCUGUUGGCUUAUAUGUUUAAAAUAGUGGAGAACGACGUAAUCACAGUCCCUCUUAGUGACGCUCCUGAGUCAACGACCGUACAAGGUUCAAAAGUAAAUGUACAAUAUGUACAUCAAAGCUUGAGUCAGUUACUAAAGCAAGUAUUCCCUCACCUUCAAGAAACACAGAUUCGCAUUUUCAUUGAUGGACUAUUUUCAUUUGAUCAAGAUGUGGCAGCAUUUCGUGAACACGUACGCGACUUCCUUGUUCAGAUACGCGAGGUCGCUGGAGAAGAUUUAUCUGAUUUAUAUUUGGAAGAAAGAGAAGCUGAGAUUGCUCAGGCACAAGCAGCAAAACUAAGACGUCAAGCUUGUAUUCCUGGAAUUUUAGGUCCCCAUGAAGUUGAUAUGUGUGACUAGUUGAAAGACUUUUCGACCAAUUUUUAGUGCAUUUGAAUAUUCAAGUAAAAACUAACAUUCCCUGAAAUCCUACACAUAUGUGACAACAUACAUGUCAUUUCGAUGGUAACCAAUAAUUUCCCCUAUAUACUGUUGCAUUAGAACCACUGGAUUCAUUAUUGUCAAUAUAACUUUUCCAGAAUACAGUAUCCAAACAUGGCAGCGUCCCACUUGUAAUGCAAUACUUACAUUAAAUCUUUGCGAAGCUAUACACAGUCACCCUAAAAUAAUUCCUAUUUCAAUUACUAGUUACUUUUUAUUAAAUAGUUCAUUUCGAUGAAAAACAAAUGUGGAGCCAUGUAUAACACUAUUAAGAUAAUAAUUGUUAAUAUACUGAAGU